AUGACGCAGCCAUCCACUAUCCCCUCCCGCUUCCUUUCACACCCCAACCACUUGGGCGUUGUGGCCGUCGGUUUCAAUGGCGGACAGAUGAAGAAGGGCGUCGAGGCCGCGCCUAUGGCCCUGAUUGAGUCCGGUCUGCUUACCCAGCUGAGCGAGGACCUCGACUACGAAAUCCACCACGACGAUACCAUCCACUACUACGAAAAUGACAUCCCCGCUGAGGACCCGGACCACCGGAACAUGAAGAAGCCUCGCGCCGUCAGCGCCGUGACUGAGCGCCUCAGCUCGCAGGUCUACAACUACGCCAAGGACGGCAAGUUCGUGCUCACUCUGGGCGGCGAUCACUCCAUCGCCAUCGGUACCGUCUCCGGCACAGCCAAGGCUAUUCGCGAGCGAUUGGGUCGCGAGAUGGCCGUCAUCUGGGUCGAUGCUCACGCCGAUAUUAACGUGCCGGAGAUGAGCCCCAGCGGUAACAUUCACGGUAUGCCCAUGGCGUUCCUGACCCGGCUGGCCCGGGAGGACCGUCCUGAUAUCUUUGGCUGGUUGAAGGAUGAGCAUAUCAUCAGCACUCGCAAGCUGGUGUAUAUCGGUCUGCGCGAUGUGGAUCGUGGUGAGAAGAAGCUUCUCCGGGAGCACGGUAUCAAGGCCUUCAGCAUGCACGACAUUGACCGUCACGGUAUCGGUCGCGUUGUCGAGAUGGCUCUCGCUCACAUUGGCAAUGAUACCCCCAUCCACCUCUCGUUCGAUGUCGAUGCGCUGGACCCGCAAUGGGCGCCCAGCACCGGUACCCCGGUGCGUGGUGGUCUGACUCUGCGUGAGGGCGAUUUCAUCUGCGAGUGCGUCCAUGAGACCGGUAACUUGGUCGCCAUGGAUCUGGUCGAGGUGAACCCCAGCUUGGAGGCCGUGGGUGCUGCUGAGACCAUCCGCGCUGGAUGCUCGUUGGUGCGGAGCGCGCUGGGCGAUACCCUUUUGUAA